CUCAGGUCCUGGGAAGCAGACUGCUGCUCUGCUGUUUUGCACCAUGAGUGAUCGGCCAUGGACCGCAUCACUUUCCACCAUGAUACUGUGCUGUCAGAUGUCCACAUGCUCCUGCCCAACGCACGCCACCUGAUGACACGCCUCAAUGGGGUCGGACAGCCCGUCUUCAUCUCGAGAUUCAGGAUCAUGCCAGAUGGUGAGAGGCAGGACAGGAAGGACCCAGGGAAACGUUUGAAGGAAGUGCAGGAACGCAAUAAAUCCAAUGAGGACGUGGACAAAGACACUAAAGUCGCACACGUUAAAGAUGAAGAGGAGGGCGGGGAAGGAAAUGAACCAUUUUUGGAUGAGGACGGAGACUUUGACAUCACACGCCGGUAAGAAAGGUCAUGCAGGUCAUACUGCAGUGAAGUACUGAUGAACUGUCUGACUGUGCUCUCACUGUGGGAAAUAAAUCUUUAUUGAUCCAGAGGAAAGUUUGUUUUCACAGCCAAUACAUAUCCCAUACAGAAACAUGCAGAUACACACCACACAUUAAAAAUAU